CUCUUUUUAAUGUCACAACAAUUUAAAGCCGUUAUUCUGGUAGGCGGCCCUUCAAGAGGAACACGCUUUAGACCUUUAUCUUUAGAUGUGCCAAAACCUUUAUUUCCAGUUGCAGGUGCUCCUCUUAUUGCUCAUCACUUGGCUGCACUUUCUAAAAUUAGUGGAUUACAAGAAGUAUUGAUUAUUGGCUUUUUUGAAAAUGCCAUAUUUUCUCAGUUUAUUGAAGAUGCCACUAAUGAGUUUCCCAACCUGAAUAUAAAAUAUUUACGUGAAUAUCAAGCAUUAGGUACUGCAGGUGGCAUCUAUCAUUUCCGUGAUGAAAUAGUACGUGGUAAUCCUAAACAGUUCUUUGUUAUGCAUGUGGAUAUAGCUUGUACUUUUCCUUUAAAUGAAUUAAUCUCUGCUCAUAUGAAGCAUAGAGGAUUAUGCACCAUGUUAAGCACAAAGAUUACUCGUGAAAAAGCUCAUAAAUAUGGCUGUUUAGUUCAGAAUUCAGAGACACAUGAAGUCCUUCAUUAUGUUGAAAAGCCAGAGACAUUCAUUUCUGAUUUAAUUUCAUGCGGCGUUUAUCUUUUUGAUGUCUCUGUCUUUACUGAAAUUAAAAGAGCGAUUGAAACAAAAAAGGAACAAGAUAGACUGGACUAUGAUGACUCUAUUGUAUCUACUCAUAAAUUAAGUCUUGAACGUGAUCUAUUACGUCCAUUAUCAGAAUCAAGAAAGCUCUAUUGUUAUGUAACUGAAGGAUUUUGGAAACAAAUCAAAACUGCAGGAUCUGCUAUCUCUGCUAAUGCUGCUUAUUUAGAAUUACAAUAUCAUGAAAAUAAUAGUAGAUUAACUCGUCAUACAGAGAAUGGACCUGAAAUUAUAGGCGCUGUUUAUAUUCAUCCUUUAGCUCAAGUAGAUCCAACAUCCAAGAUGGGUCCUAACGUAUCCAUUGGACCUAAAGCCGUUAUCGGUAAGGGAGUUCGUAUUAAAGAUUCAAUUAUUCUUGAUCAUGUUACAAUAGGGCACGCUAGUUGUAUCCUUCAUUCUGUUAUUGGCUGGAAUAGUAAAAUUGGUGCAUGGGCUCGUGUAGAAGGUAGUAAUGCCAUGUCAGAUGAUAAUGAAGAAAUGAUGAAAAAUGGAGUCAAAGUACAAAGUAUUACUAUUCUUGGUAAAGAAGUAUCUGUAUUGGAUGAAACUAUUAUUCGUAAUUGCAUUGUUUUACCUCAAAAAGAGUUAAAAUCCUCCUAUCACAGUCAAAUUUUAAUGUAACCCCAUCGUUUAAAUAAAAAUUUAGUUUAUGUGCGUGUGUGUGGAGGAAAUA